AUGAUUUUAGCAUCUCUACGAAUUUCAUUUAAGCGUGGCAUUUCUACGGGCUCCAAACUCCUUCAGCAGGAAAAAGCCAUUAUCUCAGGUAUUAAGUCAUCAUGCCCUGCAGGAACACCUCUAAAUCUUCAGAUUAAAAAGUCAGGCAAAGAGAUUACUGCAUUAGAGGACAGCGAAUACCCUGAAUGGCUGUGGACUGUUCUUGAUCAGAAAGCACAAGAAAAGAAGCUAAGUGAGGACCCCCUCAAGCUCAGAAAGAAACAGAUGAGAAAAGCGAACAGAAAACAUAUCAAGCAAAACAACUUUUUGUCUGAAAUUUGA